GAGAGUUAUAAAUGUUGAUGCCGCUUUGAGAUGUGGAGACACGUUCAGUCGGAUCGCCGAUAUGCUUUGACUUGCUGAGAUAUUCCUGCUAUCGAUUUGCUCCCUAGUUGUGAGAAUGAUGAAGGCUCUAGCUGUGUUGAUGUUGGUUGCGGCUCUGGUGGACGUCGCAGCCGGCCAGAGCAUCGCGGAUCAGUACUUGAACGCCCACAAUCAAGCUCGCCAGGAGGUGGGAGCCGGGAUCCCUAACUUGGGAUGGAACGACCAGCUUACGGCUUUUGCCACCAACUGGGCGAACGACCGAGCCACGAAUGCGCGGUGUGCGUUGUCUCACUCGGGUGGACCUUACGGGGAGAAUAUCUACUGGUCGAGUGGGUCGUCCUCUCCAGAAGACGCCGUGAAAUUGUGGGUCGAAGAGAAGCGAUAUUAUAACUAUGACAGCAACUCGUGCCAAUCUGGAAAAGUCUGCGGGCAUUACACUCAGGUCGUUUGGAGGAACACCCAGCUGGUGGGGUGUGGAUCAGCGAAAUGCCCUGGUGGUGGAACUUUUGUGGUGUGUAGCUACUACCCUCCUGGCAAUUACAACGGCCAAAGGCCGUGGCUGCAAUCUGAUUCUCUCACUUCGACUCCUGUCCAGGGAAGUCGUGAGGAAGCGUAACUGUAUUGCAAGCUUUCAAAAAUGCUUAGAUGAGUAUAUGUAACUUGUCUUGCAAUUCUGUUGCCGCCACUGCAUCCUCCGAAGUGUGCAGCCUUACGUUAAGACGUCGAAGCAUGGCUGUACCAAUCCCCUUGUACAUUCGUCGUGGAAUGCAUAGUGAAGCAGACAGAACAGUACAAACCAUGUAUGAGGAUCUCACAAUAAAGCUGGUGGCAAGAAUAUUCACCAAACACUUA